AAAUUUCCUGGUGAUGACUCCCUUUCUUCAAUUAAUAUUGUUCUCUCCUAAUUAAAUAAUAUAUAAUUUGUUAAAUAUAAUUUUUGUACAUACGAUAUACGUAUAUCAAUUUAUGAAUUGAUUAGCCAAAUGGACUGAGUGUUUGUGCUCUGAACAACUUAAUUAAAGAAAUACGAGAUCAGAAAUAUGAUGAGAAGGCAAAGAAGGUGACAAUUAAGGUGGUGAGCUGCUCGCCGGAGAAGAUCAGGGACAAGUUAUGCUGCAAGGGUUGUGGAUGCAUCAAGAGCAUUGAGAUCAUAAGGCCGCCUCCACCUCCGCCUCCGCCUCCGCCUCCGCCUCCGACUGUGAAUGUAUCUGUAGAUCUGCAAGUCCUAUGCGUUCUGUGUUAUGGGAGAUCCGUUUGCAACAGCGGGUGCGGUUGUGGAGAAACUCAACCAGGCUGCUCAAUCAUGUAAAUACUAAUAAUAAGACUGUGUUUGGUAUCCAGCCAAGUUAAAUCCUAUAAUAAGUAACUGUUGUUUUACAAAUUAGAUUUAGAAUUUAAUUAUUUUGGAGAUCAGUAUUUAAAAAAAUUAAUUUUUAUAA